AUGGCUGAUCAAACAAGAAAAAGUAGAUUAUCUAUACUCGAAAGUAAAAGUGCUCUUAGAGACAAAGAGAAGUCUUUCAGCAAGAUGAGGAUAGGGCGGCAGUCUUAUGGCUUUGGGAAAGUGCCUGGUAUUACGGCGGCUGGCCCUAGGACUUCUCAGUUGGGCAUUGAAUUCAAGCGGCCCGCGUUGAUGUAUUUCCCAACGUACCAGAUAGAACCCACACGAAAAGUCAAAGAGUUCGAGGUCCAGAAGCUCAUUGACGAGAUGCUCGAUGAAAACUUUACGGAUCAUAAGUAUAAUGUUCAGGAAUCUCCAUCGCUAGCCCUACGCCUAUCAUGCGAGAUAAUGCGCGAGAUGAAAACCAUGGAAUACCCCCGCUACCGCUUCAUAGUGGUGGUGACCAUCUACCAGCGGCGUUCUCAGUGCUACAACAACGCCAUCACGUUCCUCUGGGACCACGAGAGAGACACCUAUAUCGACGUGCAGCGCGUCACCACCACCGCCGCCGUCCAGGUCACUGCCUUCGCUAUCUAUCUUGAUUAAAGCUAGCUUUUGGUGUAGAUUGAAGGUUAGGUUUGUCGAA